GGAUCAAACCAGUGACCAUGGAAUUGCAAGUAGGUAUCACCUCCGCUAGGCUGUAAAUCUGCCUUGGUAACAGUUUUUCAAUCAGAUUGUAUCUAUACUCACAUUAUUUUAUACGUAAUUUUUGAAAUUUCCUACGAUUAUAUACGUAAGUUUCAAAAUUCUCGGGGGGGCCGGGGCCCCCCGAGAGCCUACAUAGCUCCGCCCCUGUUCCUCGUAUGAACUAUAUAUAGAGGGUUGAUUGAUGAAUGUUACAAAACCUUCUGGAUCAUGAUCUAAAUGUAUCGCCCUGUUAUUGAUCAUCUUUCAGUUUCCACAUCCAGUUCCUAAUGAAUAAUCAACAUGAGUCUGUGUAACUUUAUCGAUCUUUGAUAAUCCGUCAAAAUAGCUUUUUCGUAGAAUUGUUUAUGUUCAACUUAAUUCCUAAAAAAAUCUUCUGAGUGGUAUAUGAAGUGAUUAAGACCACGAGUUUAUGGAAGUCUAUCAAAGAAAAUUAGUAGAACGGUAAGAAUAGGAAGGGUAAAGUAAAAUUCAGUUUCACGAUAAUUUAAAUUAUAUUCUAAUGUUAUAAAGUUAGAAAUUGAAAGGGUGUAUUAGAUCAAGAAGUUGAUUAUUUGAUUAACUGAAGUGACCAACAAACGCCAAAUAAUUGAAUCAAAUGGAGUAACUAAUUUUUUUUUUAUUAGAUAAAGAAGACCUUCCUUACUCUGCCAUUUCCAUCCCCCAUCCAUGUUCAACAUAAUGGAGACACCAAUAGGUGCCAACUGAAUAGUUCUGUUCUGUCUGCUGUGCUUGAUCUUGAACGGUAGCUAGGAUUUUGUAUAUUCAAAGAUAAAAACGAUCGAGGCCUCAAGUCUAGCUUCUUGGACUUGGCUAGCUAGAAUUAUUGGUGACUACGUACUGGCUAAGAAAGAACAAAAUAUUUUUGGACUCAAAUGGUGUGUGUUAGUAACAUCAAGCCCAUACUCCCAUGUGAUGUGAGCUUUCUGUUUUGGUCAUGAUCGAAUUGAAAAGCUGGAACCUCAUAAUUCACAGUUUAGUGAGUUGUGCGUCGACCCUAGUUAUCUGAAACUUUUUUUUUUUAUAACUCAUGAACAUCCCCAUUCCCCACACACAUUAUUGAAGUACUCCACAAAUAUCACCAUUAGCGUCGCCGGAAAUACCAUGAAUAGGCCUCGAGGAGGGUCAAACUCAGGACCUGCCACAUCUGGAUCGAGCACCACACAAGGGUUUCAUCAAUCGGGCUAUGUGAACUUUGGUUACUUAUCCGAAACUUAGGGGUCGUUUGCUUGUUGGAUUUGAAAAAUGAGGGUUUUGGCCAAUAAAAACCUUGGGAUUUAUGUUGGAUUUAUUGGAUUAUGGUUUUGAAGAGUCUAAUGUUUGCAUGAUAGAUUUGAUGAUGAAUUUGUGAUGGAUUUGUUAAAUAAUUAACUAAGGGAGGAGUUAGAGUGCUAACUCCAUAAGGGGUUAGCACGGUACUAACCAUUUUAAUAAUCAUUUAUUUAAAAUUUAUUAGUUUUAAAUACAUCUGAUGAUGAUGGGAUUAAUGAGGGGUAUUUUUGGUAAUUCAUGAAAUCAAAUUUAAUAAAUUAAUUAAUUUUUAAAAUACGUUUCCUCUCUCUUUUAGAGAAUAAUUAUUUGGCAAUUUGUAUCGAAAUCAUAAUAUAGUAGCAAUUCUGAUAUCUUAUAGUAGUGUUUUAAUAUAAAUAUCGUAGCUAUUUUAUUCUAGUUAGUAAUGUUUUACUGAUUUUAAGUAGUAAUUUUGGUGGCUCAUAUAGUAGUGUUUUUAUACAAGUACCACUAGUUAUUUUAAUUUAAUUUAACUAGUACUACCGAUUAUUAAUAAUCACUAAUAAGAAUAAUUAAUUUCUAUUAAAUUUGGAAAAAAUUAUAGUACUUAUAAGCAAAACGCUAUUAAUAGUUAACAAAAACCAAUAUUUACAAUAAAAAUCACUACUUAAAAAUAACUACUACGUGCUAAUAUAUACAAAUAAGAAUCACAACUACCGAAUCACUACUAAUCAAUGAAGUUAAUUACACAGAUAUUUACAAACAGAAACACUAUUGCAUUAAAUAAUCACAACUAAUCAACGCUACAAUAGAGCACUGCCUCUUUGAUAAUGGAUAUGGGGAAAUCUCGUCGCCACACCCACCAAGAGGGUUUUGAUCAUCAAAUUAAGCACACUUGUUUCUCACCAUUCGCUCGGUCACUGUUUGAGAAUAGCCAAUUUCUUGAUGGCUUUGGGCGCAAAACUGGCAGCGGAGUCCAGAUCUGGGCGGUGGUGAACCUGACAAGGAAGGAUGAGGCAGCAAGAGGGAAUUUUGUUGAUUUUCUCUCAUUCAAUGGCGUCAGAUGCGGGGACUGGUGGCGGAUCACCAGAUCUGGGCUGCGGUGGACCUAAAAGAACCGUCACCUCCAACGUCUCUUCGGGCAGAGACGACGACAUGAACACCCUCUCCAAUCUCCAUCACCAUCAGCGCCUCCUCCGUUGCAAGCCUUCUUUCUAUGUUUUUUUCUUGGGGUAGGUUUUGACGGCACAAUGAUGGGAGAUCGGCAGAGGAAACCGUAAAAGUGAGUAAGAGGGGGUCAAGACUAUUUAUAUUAGGGUUUUGUAACCUAUUGACUAUAUUAUCCCUUAAUUAAUCCUGACCCUAGAAUUACUAUUUGAAUCUUACGGUUGUUAUAGUAGUUAGCAUGGUGCUAACUCCUUAUUAGGUUAGCAUCUAAUCUCAUUCCAAUAACUAACCAUCAAGGAUUUGCAAAUCCCAAAUCAAUAUGUGGGAUAUACAAGUCCGUGGGGUUCAUGGAUUUGGUUCCAAAAUAAAGACCAAAUCCCCACGGAUUUAGCACCCUUCAACAAACAAUGGACUUAUUAGGGGUGGCUAUUUGGACCGGAUUAAAAACCGGAAACCGGACCGUAUAAUCCGGACCGAGACCGUACCGGGACCGGAUAAUAAACAAUCCAAUCCAAU